AUGCGGCCCCACCUCGUCCGAACCUUAAGGGUCACCAUAAUAGAAGAGGUUGAAGACGACGAGGACGAACCCGAAACUGACUUAGUUCAUCAUGUUGACGAAGAGGAAGACUCUUUUACUGAAGAAGAACCUGUUACCCUACAAGUUGUGAGGUGCGCAUUGGCUCAACCUAAGUUAAGUAAUGAUUGGCGUAGAACCUCAAUUUUUCAUACCUUUGUUAAGAUUGGAGAAAAGAGCUGCAAAGUUAUCAUUGAUAGUGGGAGUUUUAUCAAUGCAGUCUCUUCGGCUAUGGUUUCCAAGCUCAACCUUAAGAUGACCCCUCACCUAAAUCCAUAUAAGAUUUCUUGGAUCAACUCGACUACCAUAGAAAUUAAGGAUCGUAGCCUUAUUCCUAUAGAAUUUGUGGGAUAUCAGGAUAAGAUUUGGUGUGAUUUCUUAACCAUGGAUGUAGGGCAAAUUAUCCUUGGUCGCCCUUGGUUAUUUGACAAUGACGUCCAUAUUUAUGGGAGGUCGAACACCUGUGUGUUCGAACAUGAUGGAAAGAAGAUCAAGUUGGUACCCUCUCAACCCAAACAUCCCAAGACGGAAGCUAAGCCUACCCCAGUCAAGCAAAGUAAAGGACUACACCUUUUGACUGCGAAGGAAGUAGAAACUGAGAUUACCCAUGGAACACCCAUGUAUGCCCUAGUGGCGAGAGAAGUGGAUGAGGAUCAAAAAGAGCCAAUCCCCGAGGCAGUUAAGCCUCUUCUUGAGAACUUUGCUAAUGUUUUUCCGGAUGAUUUACCUAACCAACUACCACCCCUGCGGGACAUACAGCACGCGAUAGAUUUGGUACCGGGAGCAUCUCUACCCAACCUUCCCCACUACCGUAUGAACCCAACCGAGCAUUCGGAGCUAAAGAAACAAGUCGAUGAACUCCUACAACGUGGAUUCAUUAAGGAGAGCCUUAGUCCGUGUGCUAUCCCUGCCCUGUUAACUCCAAAGAAGGACGGAUCUUGGAGGAUGUGUAUUGAUAGUCGUGCUAUCAACAAGAUUACGAUGAAAUAUCGUUUUCCAAUCCCUCGGUUAGAUGAUAUGUUAGACAUGAUGUCUGGAGCGACACUGUUCUCUAAAGUUGAUCUUAAAAGCGGAUAUCAUCAGAUCAGGAUUCGCCCAGGCGAUGAAUAG